GCAAAAUCUCGCUGGAGGGGAAACUGCGCUUCUCUUAGAGACGCAAGUCUCUUAAGACCGUAACGUGUAUUCGGUGCUGAAAAUUUGUGCGGUAUUUUCGACUUUUCCGCAGUAAAAAUCAUGUAUUUUAGUGUGAAACACAAAUUUUUACUACUCCACGUUUUAAUUAUUUUUAAAGUAACUGAUAGCGAAAACAAAUCGAAGAGGAAUAAGGAUUUCAAAAACAAUUUUCCCACAUACGAGUUGUAUAAUUCCGAUACACUGCCCAGUGAUGUGCAAGUCACCAGUUUUUUGUACAAGGAACAACCAAAAAUGUUCUUCUACUGGUCUACGGUACAUAAUCUACCCUUAUCUGCUACCAUUAUUACUUGUUCUUCUAAGGUAGAAUGGUAUAUGGCACCCCAUCAAAAUAAUGAAACAAUUCUCCCCCAAAAACCCUCAUUGACCAGCAGUAUGGAAACCAUUCACUUUAAAUCCUUAAAAGGACUAUACAUACUCAACAUAACAUCUGUUGAAAAAGACUCUUACAUACACAUAUACAUAUCAACCGAACCUAAUGGUCCACAAGCAAUUGAAAAUUCAAAAUACCAAGAACUGAAACUAAUGAAACGCCAUAGAAGAAGAAGACUCACUGUGAGAUGGGAACCGAGUUUGGUUGAUCCUCAAAGUACCGAGUACUGUUUGAUAGUCAGUUCCAGAGGUCACUACGGGGCCUUGUGUGGGGCCCUAUCCGAUAAAUUUGGUGUAGAAUUUCAGAAAAAUUUAAAAUUACCAGUGUCAGCUUCACAGACCGUUAUUUCAUAUCAACCUAAUGAGUAUUUCGACGAUCAUGAAGACCCAGCCAUCAUAUGCAUCGAGAAAAAAACGCAGUACACUUUGUCGGACUUACGGCAAGGCCAAAACUAUUACUUCGACGUUUUCGCCCUAAACAAGCAGUCAAACCUAACGUACCCCCACGGCAAGGCCCACAUGGUCUUCGACAGGCGAACAAAGGCCAUCACCUUAAAGGACGGGAAGUCGACCUUCACGAACCUUAGGAAGCUGGACGGAAGGGCUGUCUUCAAGUUCAAGGUCAACAGAAGAACCGAGUCCUCCUUGGAGUUGUUCAUAAUGCCGUGUGGGGGCGCUGUUGAUGUCGAAGUCAAUCUUAAAGGUGAGGUGAUAGCCUUGAAAAAGAGGAUUGAAGGUUUCGGGAAGGUUCGGAUCAGCUCGCCGUUGGUGAAGUCCAGGUAUAGGAUAAAGGUUUAUACCAGUAAUAGGGAAGAGUUCAGGAAGACAUCUGGUGUUGAGAUAUAUGCUACGACAAAAUCAUUUUCCAAAACACCUUUACCCAGUAUGCCCAACGAGCCUAUUGUGAAGGAAUAUAUUUCUCUAAGGAAAUGUGAUAGUGUUACGAUUGGUUGGCUAUCAUCUCCUGAUCAAAAAUCCGCUCAUUACUGCCUUGUGGUGAAGGAAGGAAAAAUACGCGAAAUGGAAAACUACAAAAUGCCAAACCAAUGUGGUUUGGAGAAUAGAUUAAGGAAAUCUGCGGAUUACACUCUAAAAUACUGCAAAGAUAUAACCCAUGAAAAAGAGCAAGUUGUAACUGAAAGGAUAAGCCAUCUAAAACCAGGCAAAAACUAUAUUAUACAAGUGACAGUUAAAAAACCCAAAGGAAAAACUUUGUCAUACGAUUUGGUGCAAAUACACACCCUACCAUUCUGCCACAAAAAAAAAUUCAUAGACCAAACUUGAUGAAAUAAUUAUUUUCACAAGGUCCUACAUUUUAACGCAUUUGAAACAUAUUUAAGGGGUAUUUUUAAGUGUUUUAAGACUUCAAGAUUUUUUAUUAAAUAAAUGUUUUA